UUUAUCGACUAAUGAUAUUAUUGGGUGGUUCCCAAAAAUGCUUGUUUUUAUUGUUUAUUUAAUUUAUUUAGUCAUGCAUUACUUUAAUAAUUAAAUAAACAUUUGAAUUACUAUACAAAACCUCCAGUAUUCUGAUGUACACAUAAACGAAUUGUUACAUUAGAAUAAAAUUUACAUAUGUAGGUACCUCUUAACAAGAAAGUACCUCAAAUACAAAGAUUUAGAAUUAAAAAUUGUGAUAAAACUAAAAAUUGAGACAAAAUUAUUCACUGAGGUGGUGUUUGUUGCUGUCACAUCUGCAAGAGUUUGGUUCUUUCUCAUAGAAUGAAAUAAAACGAGAGUUUUUUGCUGGAGAAUUUAUCAAGAAUCUUGAAUAUCGUCAAUAAAAAUUUGAUUAUUUAUCAUUAACAAUCACUCCAUAUCACACGAGUUACACAUCUAACCUUAAAUAGUGCCUCUACACCUACAAAAUUGAUUGUAAACAAACUAGUGUGAUUAAUAUGCAAAAAUUCAUUGAAUACGUAAUUGUUUAUUCUGUAUUAUUGACAGUAAUUUGCUCAAUUAAUUAUGCCAAAGCCUCGUUGAGCCCUCCAUCACCUGUUGAUGAAAAACUUAAGACUGAGAAACUUCCACCAUGUGCUGCUUGUAAAGUACUUAUCGAAAGCUUUAAGAAGGGUUUUGAUAAAACUAAACGAGGCAAAUUUGAAGGAGGAGAUACUGCUUGGGAGGAAGAUAAUCUUAAAUCUUAUGCUAGAAGCGAAGUUAGACUUACAGAAAUUCAAGAAGGUUUAUGCAAAGGAGUUUUAAAAGGUGAAGCUCAAUGUCAUGAGCUAGCCGAAGAAUUAGAAAGUGCGAUUGAAGAAUGGUGGUUUAAUCAUCAGGAUUCUUACCCUGAUAUUUAUGUGUAUAUUUGUAUAAAACACUCCAAAAGAUGUUGCCCUAAAGAUCAUUUUGGUCCUGAAUGUACUAAGUGUACUGGCUAUCCAGAUAAAGUUUGUAAUAAUAAUGGCAGAUGUAAAGGAUCCGGAACUAGAAAAGGAAAUGGUCAAUGCUCAUGUGAUAAAGGAUACGCUGGAGAUCAAUGUUCAGAAUGUGCUGUAGGCCACUAUGAAUCUUAUAGGGAUGAAAAUAAAUUACUGUGCUCCAGUUGUCAUGAAGCUUGUGCCAAAGAAUGUAAAGGAGCAGGAGCUGCCAACUGUGAAGGAGGAUGUAGAAAGGGUUGGAAAGAAACGGAAGAUAAAGGGUGCGUGGAUAUAAAUGAAUGUUUAGAGAGCGAAAAGUAUUGUCCUGGCAAUCAAUUUUGUAUUAAUAAAGACGGAAAUUAUUCUUGUUUGAGUUGUGAUCGAGCUUGUAAUAGGUGCAAUGGAGAUGGUCCAGAUAUGUGUAUCAAAUGUGCUGACGGCUAUGAGAAAAAAGACAAUAUUUGUAUAAAUCCAGAUAUUCUUGGUCGUAAGCGACAUGAAAAUAUGGCUCGAUAUGCAACGUAUUUUGGACUUUGUGUUGCUACAUGUAUUAUUCUACAAAGAAAUGUUUAUGCUGCUAGUGGAAUCGGUCUCCUGGUCGGACUCUACAUAUCUGUGUCUGAAUAUAUGAUUGCUAAUAGUGAUAUCCAGCAUACUACACCUAAUGUCGAUAUCUUAGAUCCAAUUAAUUAAUUUAUUUUCUGUUUAUUUAUAGACAAUUCACAAUUAGGGCAUCUUAAAACACUCAACUUAAUUUAUUUCUAACAAUUUUUGGUGAUCUUUAAUAAAUACUGAUUCUUUUUCUCACUAAACGGAUUAUCUUUUAAAUAACAGACUGUAGGGAUAAACUGAUCAAUGGUGGUAAAAUAAAGGAUUGAAUAGUAUCUUUAAUUGAAUAAGUUAAGUAAAGAAUACUAUAAUAAGUACUUCGUUAUUUAUUUUUAAAUGUUUUCUUCAGUUUUGAUGAUUAAUCAUUUAAGAUUAUCACUUUCUUACUGUUUUGUAAAAUAAUACUUGACAGCACUGAUUAAAACCUCUUCCAUUACGUGCUGAGAUUUGUAUAGAAAAUUUUUAUCAGUCAUUUUCAUGAAGAAAUUUGUAAUAUACUUCACUUUAUAUGCAUGAAAAUAUAGACAUACAACCGGAAUUUA